AUGGCUGCAAUCACCCAGACGAUUGCCAUCAUUGACCGGUCAAACAAGGUUGUCAGCACCACAAAACAACUGAAAAAUGUCUUCAAGGAGGCAAAGAUGGCUUACUUGGAGCGGAAGGCGGAGAUUGCAGCGGAAAGAAGGGCGAAAGAAGAAAAAGAACUGAGGAAAGCAAUGAAGAACGUGACAAUAGCGGAAGAUACAAGGUCGGAUGCGUCCCGAAGAGCACACAGACACCACGGCCACAGGAGCGAGGUUGAGAAUGUUCGACAUCGACCUUCAGAAAGUCAACACCAUUGUCCUCCCGAAUAUGUGUACCGGGGUGCUCCUCACCCAGGCUCGGAGGCGGCAGCUCCCAGGUCGCCAGAAGCGGCCUACCCCAGGCACGUCGGUCUUGCACAGUUCAAUGAGGAACUUUACGGCCACCAUCAAUCUAUUCCGGAUUAUCCAAGUCCACCGUAUGGAAGUGGACUUGUUCGGAGGACGACUGAUUUACCACUCGAUGCUCAUCGAUCACAUCGCCCUCCACCUGCUCGUUCUCACUCAGUCUCUGACGUCGACAUGGACCUCGCCUAUGGCGAGUUCCACCCAGAGUCGCUUAUGCUGGAUCCCAAAGUGGAACAGCAGCUGCAGAAACAAGAGAUGUCCAGCCUAGUCACCAAAUGUAAGAUGCUUAUGGAGGAGGCCAAUUGUGCACAACACAGUGUCCGGGCCAUCAUCUCGCAUCUGCAGACGAAUCCGGACUCCAUGGCGGCUGUCGCCUUGACGUUGGCAGAGAUCAGCAACUUGGCAUCGAAGAUGGCACCUGGGGCGCUUGCCGCAUUCAAAGCCGGUGCUCCCUCGGUUUUCGCGAUGCUCGCAGCCCCCGAAUUUCUGAUUGCCGUGGGUGUGGGUGUAGGGAUCACCGUCGUGAUGUUCGGCGGCUACAAGAUCAUCAAGAAGAUCAGAGCCCGGGUCGGGGACAAAGAGGAAGAGACAAUGGAUGAGAUGCUGGACGUCAACGAACUCGACCGGAUCGAACACUGGAGACGUGGUAUCUCGGAUGCCGAGACGGCGAGUGUUGCUACAAGUGUCGAAGGUGAAUUCAUCACUCCACUGGCAGCGAGAAGCAUGGGCCAUUUGCCCCUGCCCAGGGAGCAUAGUGGUGAAAGGCACAAGGAGCCGAGGAAAGAAUCCAAGAAAAAGAAACACCACCGGAGGAUCGAGGAGGAUCCAGAUCGCACGGUGGUGGGAAGUGAGAACUCGUCAAAGUCACGGCGAAGCAAGGGCAGCAGCAGGUCGGAGAAGAGAGAAAAGGCACUUGUCAAGGCCAAGAAACCGAGUACGCUAAGGAGGAUGUUUCUCAGCAGGGAUACAGAUGUUUCCUCGAGACGAUGA